AUGAACUUCUUCACGGCCAGCAUGCGGGCCGAUCUGCUCGUCAAAGUCGAGGCACCACGAGUACGCACGACUGACGACGUGCUGCGAAACCCCGACACCCGUAUCCUGUUGUUCGGUACAGCUGGCUUCACCGAGCUAUUUUUGUACACGAAUGAAGACUCGUACUCGGCUGUGUACGAUCAAGUGCGACGCACCGGCGGCGAGCUCCAUCCGUCCGAGAUAUACACGGACAAGAACUUUCGCGAUGUUCUCGCGCGAAAGGCCGUCAUGCUUCAGGAGGAGAAGGGCACGAUGGAGGAUCAGAUUCGGCGCAACUGUCCCGCCUACAUGGGACGAGGCUUCUUCUACUUCAGUGAAGAGUCACUGGGAUUGCUGGUCAUGUCAUGGGUGACCCGCAAGGACUUUGACGCCAUAAUUCAUCGCGAGAUGAAAUACAGGGUCCGCUGGCUGGUGGACACCGGAAUGGUGCAGCUGUUCAUGCGUGACGUGUCCCCAGGUCCCACAGCCUGCUGGUUGCAGGAGCGUCACAAGAGCGACAUGGACGGCCGCAUGCUAGAAUUCGAAGACCUCGAGUCUGUGUUCGUCCUUUACGCGCUGCUGCUGCAGUUGGCACUGGCUGCUUUCAUUCUCGAGUGCCUGGGCCCUGCCUUAUCCAGAUGCAACAGUCGGUUCUGCCCCAAACGCAGACAUUUUUAA